GAAAUGUCACUCAGCCCCACUUCCUCAAGGGUCUGUGGCAGACAGGCACCCGUGAUCCUACGGAGAGGCUGCGAGGGAGACAGCAAGGUGCUGUGUCUGGGAUAGAGUGCAGAGCAGAGACUUUUCUGGGCAGAGCAAGCAGCUGGUGCCCAUCAGCUCAUCUGCACUUGUGUUGUCUCCUGAUUCAUCUGUCUACUUCUGAAAUGGAGUAUGUCUGGUAUUGGCUCGAUGAUUCCAAGCAGUGGAUUGAGUAUGGGAAAGAGCACCCAGGUCACGCCACUGCCACUGUAACAUCGGCAUUUCUGGAGCGUGAAUAUCAAGCUGACAAGAAUGGUGUUAUUUUUUUCAGGGCUGGUUCUCAGCAGUAUAAGUUAGACUUUGCAGACAUGGUCCAAACAAAUGUGGUCUUUCAAACUCAAAGAACUGUUAUUCGACUGCCUAAACAGUCUGAAGGUGGACAAGACAGAAGCCAAAACACAACUCUAUCACAUCCUGUGUAUCCUCCGCAUUGGGACCAAACUGCACUACCUGAAAUUGGGUUCAAGUUGAUACAGCUCAGCUAUGAUUCCCAAGAAUACAGAAAAAUCAAGAUGCUGUUUGAGAAGACAAUGAAAAAUUACUGCAUUGACCAACUGCAGAGGAUCCAGAAUCCAACACUUUGGGACCUUUUUCAGUGGCAAAAAGAAAAGAUGAAGAAGAUCCAUCAAUUGAAAGGGGUGGAUGAGAGACUCCUAUUCCAUGGCACAAAUCCCUCCCAUGUGUCUGCCAUCUGUGAGCAGAACUUUGACUGGAGACUCUGUGGGACCCACGGGACACUGUAUGGAAAAGGAAGCUACUUUGCCAGAGAUGCCAGCUAUUCCCAUGAGUACUGUUCCCCUCGCAGCGGGCGCUACAGCAUGUUCGUAGCUCAGGUUCUUGUUGGAGACUUUGUGCAGGGCAGCCCUGAGUACUGUCGCCCUCCAGCCAGAGCUGGAAAUUCCAACAGACUGUAUGACAGCUGCGUGAAUGACCCGACAGACCCUUCCAUCUUUGUCAUCUUCGAGAAGCAACAAAUUUAUCCUGCCUAUAUCUUGGAGUACAGCGUUGAGACCAGCUGUGUGGUCCUGUAAUGAAUGGUGGAAUGUCUUUUGAAUUCACACUGAAUAAAUUACUCUUCAGUGUGUCUUUUUAAA